AUGAUUGUUGGCUAUCCACCAUUUCUUGACGAUGAUCCUCUCGGGAUUUACCAGAAAAUCCUGAGCGGAAAAUACGUCUUCCCCAAGUUUUUUGACAAGGAUGCAAAACUUCUUGUACGGAAGCUGCUACAGGCCGAUCUCAGCAAGCGCUGGGGGAACUUAAAAGAUGGCGUGAAAGACAUCAAAGAGUGUAAGUGGUUUUCGACAAUUGACUUCGCCGACAUCCGAGCAAAAAGAAUUCCCGCAAAAUUCAAACCAGUCAUCAAGGGUGUCGACGACCUUUCGAACUUCGAGUCAUAUCCCGAGGAAAAGGAAGAUUCCCCUGCCAUUGACCCUAACAAAGACCCGUUCAAAUCUUGGUAA